AUGUCGUCCUUCCGGCGGCGCACGGCCGUGCAGCCCCUUGGUGGCACGCGCCCCUCGCCGUACAACGCCGCGCCGCUCGUCAGCACGGGCCUCACCUCGCUCGACGACCUCGUCGGCGGCGGCCUCCCGCUGUCGACGUCGCUCCUCGUCGAGUGCGACGCGCCCACGUCGUACGCCGACCUCGUCCUGCGGUACUGGGUCGCGCAGGGGCUCGAGUGUGGGCAGGACACGCUCGUCGUCGCGAGCGCGCUCGACGGCGGGCCGGGCGGCAUCGUCGAGGCGCUCAUGGGAGUCGAUGGCGGAGCGAGGACGGCGCAGGCGCAGGCGGCGCAGGCGGCCGGGAGCAGGGAGGACGCGCUCGAGGACGAGGAGGAGCAGAGGCAGGAGGAGGCGCUCAAGGAGAAGAUGAAGAUCGACCUUAAAAGCUUUAAAAGCCUUAUAUAUUCUUUUUUUUCUUAUAAAACUUAA